ACCGAAUUGAUUUAACCGCAGUCAGCGCCGGUCCGCUCGAUAAGUCGCAUCGAUCCUCGAGCGCUCCCGCGCAUUUGUCGAUCGAUCCUUUGAUCAAGUGCGCAGUCGUAAUUGGGAACGUAACCGCGAUUUAAAAAGUUGGUAAAGUUAAAAAACUCAAAUAUGUAAAAAAAACGUUAAUCUGUGAGAAUAAAGUCAAUGCACUUGGGAAGAAAAUAAGCAGAGAAAUCAACAUCGUUAAUUUUCGAAUUGUUAUCGUCACGCGAGAUCGAGAUUCGUCGAGGAUUUUCCAUUCCUUGCGAAACUGAAACGCCUGCAAUAAAUCGCGUAUGGUCACAUCCGAAAAAGUGCGUUGUCACACAGUGAAUCUAAAAUGACGAAUGAGUACAGCAGCGAUGUCGAAAGUUGGCGAUGACAAUAAACGAGGAGAAAAGUUGGUUCGAAUUUGUGGAGAAGAAGAGAGACUAGAAGCAACAAUGGAGACUUGGUAAUUCGAAAGUGGAGGUAGGAAAACAAACGCAUCCACCGCUCGUGCUUUGUACUGGCGGAUCCGUUGAUUUUGGAAGUGAAAAAUGUUGCGCUGGGAGUAGAGGGAAAUCGGGAGGGAAAAUUUAUUCGUCAAGCAAUGCUCUCGCGUCGUCAUAAUUCAUGCUAAAUAUUAUGAAAGCUGUCGAUACGCGAUUUGUGCGGGGAUGGAAUUACACAUUUUUGGCAAUACCCUCGGGGGUAAACAGCCGUAAAUCGAGCGAAUGGAAAUUCGACCGGGCUGGUGGAAAAUCAUGAAUAAAACGUGAAAAAGCCUGUGGGGGAACCAGAGGAGAGGACCGAAGCAAUAAUUUUAUUGCAAUCGUGGUUCACGAGCAGUCGGGGAGAGUCGCGAAGCCCGGCCGGUAUAAAUAUUCCACGAGAUUCGGUGCAGCAGCGAGCGCAGGGUGCCGUUUUUUUCGUUGCACAACCAUUUUCACGACGUUUGCCCACGCACUUGGUGUACACAUUUUUCAUCACCGAAUCGAACGUGUUCGAAACGGUGCGGCGGGGAAGAUCGGGAAUAUAUCGCGAGAUGUGGUGUCGUGGGCAAUGGCUGUUGCUGACUUUAGCGAUAAUAAUUAACAUCGAGGUGGCAUAUUCGCAAAAGCCGCGACUGGGUGGUGCGAUCAACGUUUUCAGUCGCUACGGGUACCUCAGUAUAAGCAUGAGAGUCGUGCCAAGGAACGACACGGACACGUGGGUCUUCCGCGAGCCGACGCUGGACGUGUUUGAAAAUCCGUCGGCACUGCCGCAACGCGAGCAGGGAAAAAGCGCCGCCGUAUUCGACGGGGACUUUCACAUGGAAUUUUGCGACAACGUUCGACAAUUGUUGCAAGCUUAUUUUCGUGAUUUCGCAUUCGAGAGACUCGACCGACCCUGGCGCGCUUUUACCGCCAGUUGGUCGAGAACUGCUAUCGCCAGGCAUUUCGGUAUAAACGCUUCCUUCAUAACGGGCGAUCAUUGCUACGUUCUCGUAAGGGUUGCAAGAUUCCGAGACAAUAAAAAACUCGCUGGCUUACCUGAAAAUCUCGCACUCGAUGCAACCGUUGCCAAAGAAGCUGACAACGUCACGGUCGGCGAUACUGUCAGCGUUGUUAGAUUCAUCAGGAAUUUCGGCUCUCAUUAUAUUUCUUCUUUUGUCACCGGUAAUUCGCUGUACCAGGUCUUUGUUUACACGCCUCAAGUGUACCUCCGAAUAAAGGAGCGACUGAAGGCGCGCGGUGUAGCCGAACUGUCGAAUCUCGAAUUGAGCAACUAUUUUUCGCCUUGGUACGCGGAGCACAUGGGAACGAUACAAUCAGCGAGUGGUAAUCGUUCGGUCGAAGCGUGGGCAGUCGAAAAAUUGAGAGUUCAGUACUACAUAUUUACGUACGCGAGUCUUUUGAAGCUUCACGGUGAUGCAUCGCUGCUCCGACAACUUGACGGACUUCUAGGGGAUGAAGCUCUUCUCCAGUUACAGCUUCGAACUUUGGCGCCUCUGUUCAAAGAUCUAAAACGUCGCGAAUGGUUCCUGGAAGUAGUUGAUAAUUAUUUCAAACAGUGGGAGGUCAAUAUGUGAGGAAACUUGAUAGAAAGACAUGAACAAAUACGACCAAACAGACAAUUGUUUGCACGCAGGUGCUCUUGGAGUGAUCGUGACAAACUUCUCAGUGGUACCACAGAACAUUUUAAUGCGCUAAAAUAAGUCUCUCAUUAAAAUCGCUCGCUCUCUCUCUCUCUCUCUCUCUCUCGCUCUUUGAUAAAUAAUUAGGCCAACGAUUGAAGGAAGAAAUGAGGCAACUGACGAAUCAAGGAACCAGACUGCUGAUCUCUAUUUUCGGUUAUAAUUUUUGGCUCGUAAAACAUCGAUAAUUCGUACAGUCAUGUAACCGUGUAUCACAACAUAUCCGAUGCUGCAAAACGUCGUUUCGUUACUAAGAAUACUCAUUUGUUUCCGAAUAUGCUGUACGAUAAAUUGGACUCUUGUCGAUAUAAUACUUAAGAAAAUAAGUGGUUUGUUCAACCAUAUGCAGUUCUGAAUAUAAUAUACACAUUUUUUUUACCACGGA